AUGAUCUCAAGGAUUUUUGAAUAUUUAUUAAGGAUAUCAUUAACAGAUAAUAUGAAAAAGGAAAUAAUUUUCUAGUUUCCAGAAAAAAUAAUUUUAUGGAUAUACUUUUGCUAAAUAAAUGGAUUCUUAAUUAAUAGAGUGGAGAAGAAUUUCACAAUUUUUUAAGAGAAUUAAUAUUUAUUCACAAUUUUUGAUUAUGCCAAUAUUGUUAAUCCCUUAAGUCAAUAUUUAAAUUUUGAGACCAUGACUUAUGUUUUGAUACUACAAUUAAUUAUGUUUUAUGUUUGCAAUUUUACUCUAAUGUUGAAGAAAUAAGUAAAUAUAUCAAUAUUUUAUUAGAAAGUUAAAUUAGUUUGCAAUUACUUUAUUUUAUUUAAUUGGAUUAUGAUGUGUCCAUUUUAAACCAUAUUUGUUAUGGUUACAACUAAAAAUGAAUUUAUUCACUAAAACAUUUAAGAUUUAAGUACCAAUAAAGAGAUAUUUUUAUUAAUUAUUACUAUAUUAGGAACAAUAAUAAUAACUAUCACUUCUACAUUAUCAAAUUUUAUUUUUUAAAAAAGGGAAAUUAAUUAAGAGAUGCUUCUUAAAUAUAAUUUUAAACUUAUUUACAUUAUAAGCCCUUUAACUUAAUUCUAUAUCAUAAUCUCAUAUUUAAUAUAAAAUCUGUAAUUGCAAAUUAUUACUCAUAUAUUACACUUUAUAAUUAUGAUUUUGCAUUUGAUCAUCACAUUAUAAUUUCCUUUUGGACUUAACUCAAUAUCAUUAUUAUAUAAUUAAUUGACCAUACUCAGUAUCUCAUUUAAUUGCCUUAUCUGUAUUUGGAAAUACUCAAGUCAGAAUGAUUAAUUUAUCUUUUUAUCUUUGUUUAUAAUCGGAAUGGUAAUUAUCUAACAUUUAAUAUAUAGUUAUUAUGGUAUUGUGUUGUAAUCAUAUUCUAAAGAAGAUUAGAUAAGAUUAUACAUAAUUUUUGUUCAAAAAGAGAAACCUCACAUUUAGCUCAAGUAUUAGAAUAUUUCAUUUAAACUCAUUAAUAUACUUUGAAACAUUUAAUUCAAUUAAAUAUUCAUAGAAUUUAUUGUUAAGAUCUUCUUUGUCCAUGUUAAAAUUGUUAAUUAUUAAUUAUAGAUAAUAUUACUAUAGUUCAAUUAGUAUAAAAAUAAAAAAGGAAAAAGAAAUUUGUUAUUUAAUAAUGGAUUAUGCAUUAAUAUAAAAAAUAUUUAUUAUAAACAGAAUUAACAAAAAAAUAAUAAGAUUUAAUAAUUUUGAAUUAUCUAUCAUUUUAAAGAAUUUUCUUAGAAAAUCAUGUAUUGACUUGUAAAACAAUUUAUUAAUGUAUUGAGAAAGUAGAAAAAGGAAAAAAGGAAUAGUAUAAUGUGAUCAACACUUUAUUAUAUAUGAUUCAACAAAAUUGUAAAUAAAAAUUAAUAAUUCAAACUUAAUAAUAGAUAAAAAUAACUUAAUAAGAAUUUAUUAUUAUUACUGAUAUUAAUAUAAUGUAUGAAUUAGCAGAUAAGAUUAUUCUCCAUUUAUCUAAAGUAAUCUAAAAAUAAAUAAAAUUAUGGGAAAAAUAUUAAAAAAAUGAAAUAAGAAAUUUUGAUUAAUUAUUGAAAAUUAUUAAUAAGAUCAAAUUAUAAAAAAAGAAAUGUAUAGAUUUAUUUGAAUAAUAUUAAGAAUUUAGAAAUUAAAUUAAGGAGACUAUUUAUUCUUUGAGAGUAAAAUUAUUAUUUUACAUUAUCAUAUAAUAAGAUUUAAUAUUAAUGACUAAAAUUUAAUCAUAAUUAAUGUAAUUAGAAGAUGCAUAAUAAUUUGAUUUAAAUUUAAAUGAUUUUAAUAAUCUAUCUUUUUUAACUGGUUAAGCUUUAUCUAUAAUAUCAAAUAUAAGUCCAGAAAAUUAAGGAAAAUUAGAACAAUAAAUAACAAAAGAAUUUAAAACAUUUUUUGGAUAUAAAAAUGAUGAAAAAAAUUUAACACAUAUUAAAUAAUUAAUGCCAUCUAAAUUUGCAGAAGUUCAUUCUGGAUUAGUUGAAAAUUUCUUUUUUAAAGGAUAAAGUGAUAGAAUUAAUAAUGCAUCUAUUGCAUUUAUUUUAAAUUCAAAAAAUUUAAUUGAAUAAAUAAAACUAUGUUUAAGUUAUUUUUUCCCAGUUGAUUUAAGAGACACAUCUUUUUACAUGAUUGCACAUGUUUAGAAAACAUCAAAAUAAGAUUAAGAUAUUCAUGAUGAAAAUUUAACAGGUUAUUUUUUAAUUGAUAAAGAAUUUAAUAUUUUUGGAAUGACUUAAAACAUUUAUAAGAAAUUAAAUUAUAGAUAUUAUUUUAAAAAUGAUGUUAAUGCGAAUUUAAUUCCUCCUUAAUAAUUUUAUAAUGAUCACAAUAUUUUUUCAUUAAUACCAUCAUUUUAAUAGAAAUUGUAAAAUUAUUAUGAAAGAUAACCUAAUGGAAGUUUGAGAGAUAAUGAUAUAAUCUUUAUUAAGGAGAGAGGUUUAUUAAAAUUAGAUUUUCAUAAAUAAGAAUAGGAACAUUCUGCUUCAAAAUAAUUCAAUAAGAAAUUCUCAUUUACUAAAUUUACAAAUAAACAAAUUUUGAGUUAAAUGCUUGACAAAAGUAGUGAACUAAUAAACUUUUAGACUAAUGAAAAUAUUAAAUAUUUUCCAAUUGAAUAUACUGUUACUUAAAAAAUCUUACAUGCUUAUAAUCUAAAUAAUAAAAUAGAUCCAUUUUUAUAUUAUUUGAUUGAAAUUGAAAUGUUAGAAGAUUUUAAAAAGAUAUCAGAUUUAAACAAUAGUACUAAUAAAUUUUUAAAAAAUAAUAAUAAUAAUAAUAAGAAACAAUAAUCACCUUAAAAAAUUGAAACAUAAAGAUAAACUACUGCUUAAUUGUUUUAAUUUGAAGCUAUCAAUUUUGUAACUAGUGAUCAUUUAAUUUCAUAAAAUGGUGAUAAGGAAGCCCUUGCAAAAGAAUCUCCUCAAGAAAAAUAAAAAUAAAAAUAAAAGUAAAAGAUUUUAUCAAAAGGACUCAUACCAAUAUAAAAUGAUGCCUAAAGCUAAAAGUCAUCAAUAAUGAAUAUUCCUAAUAAAGUUCAUAAAUUUGUUGAAUUUCUUCAAACAAAUAAAUAUCCAUCUAUAUUUCAUGGAAUAUUUGGAUUAAUUCUAGCACAUUUUGUUAUAGUAAUAUUUUAUAUUAGCAUUACAUCUGUUUUAUUUCAUUAAAAAAAAGAAAUACAAUCAGAUUGCAUAAUUUAUACAUUUAGUGAUGUUGAUUAUUUUAAUGGUUUUAGUUUAAUUUUAUCUGGAUCAAGACAUACAAUAUUUAAUUCAAAUUAUUUCAGUAUAUUAUAACCACUUAUUUUAAAAGUGGAUAAUACAUCAUUAAAAUUGACAAGUAAGGAUUGUAUAGUUAUUUCAUGGCAUUUAUUAAUGUCAGGAUAAUAAGAUCUUGUUGGAAAAUAUGAAAAUUAUUCAUAAAUAUUAUUAGAAUAUGAAUAAAAAUAGAUUACAUACUAUUAUCCUGAUUAUUCUAAUUCAAAAAUUUUAAGUUAAGUGUUACUUGAUUAAGCUACAUAUUAUACUACUAUGUACCUUUAAUUUUAUUUUACUUAUCGUAGCAUUUUAUCAUUAAAUGCUUAUUUAUCUGGUGGAAAUGACAAUAUAUUUUUGUAAUUAAAUUAUUUAAAUUUAGAGUGAGAAAUAGAUAUAUACUUUAUUUUAAUUAUUAAGAUGCCAUUGAAUUAACUGAAGAUUCAAUUUAAUCAUGUUAUGAUUAUAAUAAUGAUGCAAAUAAAUACUUUGAUUAAUUAACUUAAUUAUGGUUUAUAAUUAUGUAUAUAGUAGCAAUUUUAAUUUUAAUUUUCCACAUUGUAACUCUUCUUAAAAUUAAAAAAGUAAUACAAAUAUAUUUAAAAUAAUUUAUUCAAAUAGAUUUUGAGGAAAGUUAAAUUAUAGUAAAAUAAUUUGAGAAUAUGUUACAAAACUUAAAAUAAGAAAAUAUUUUAUUGAAAUAUUAGGAUUUUGAAAUUAUUAAAUAGAUUCCAUCUAAUAUAUUUUAAGUUUUAUAAUAAUAAGAAACUAAAACAACUUUAUAAGAUGAAAAUGAAAUUAAUACUAAUCGUAAAAAAAGAGUAACAUCAAUUAAUGCAAAAAAAAUAAACUUUGCUACUCCAUCUUUUUCAAUCAGAAAAUAUCUUUUAUUAUAUAUAUUUUUGAUGUUACUUAAAAUAUCCUUUUCAGUUGUAUUUUAGAUUUAUUAUGAUUACUUAUCUUCUGGAAUUGCACCAGCAGCUUAAAGAGAAUUAGAAUCAUAAAAAAUGAGGUUAGAUUUCAUUAUGACAAUAAAUAUGUGGGAUACUUAUCUUUUAAAAUAAUUUUAUAAUGCUUCUUAACAUUUAAUAAAUACUAAUUCUAUAUUUAGUUAUUCAAAUUAAAAUAUCAAAAAUAACUAAAAGUUAUUCAAUUUAUUAGAAAUUGAUAAAAAUUCAUUAUUAGAAAAAAUUAAAAUUAUUCAAGCUUAUGAUUUAACUAAUUUUCUAUAUCAUAAUUCAGAUGAAUAAAAUUAAAAUUUAUUAAUUUCUGAAUCUAAUAAAUAAAUUUUAUUAGGAUAAGAUGUUUGUUUAUUGACUAAUUGUAAUAUGAUAGAUGAUUUAUUUCAUGAUCGUCCUCAUACUGAAUAUUUGAUAGAUUAUUACUAAGCUGGUUUAAUAUAAUUAUUUAAGAAUGUUUUGCAAGUAAUAGUAGAAUACAAUUAUCUAAUAACAGAUGACUCUUUAACACCAGAAUAAAAAGUCGAAGGAAUUGUUCAGAUGUAUUAAUCUUUCAAUUAUUUUAUAUAUAUAUUUUAUGGAUUGGAUGCUACAUAAUAUUAGAUAUCAUAAUUUUGUAAAUAUUUUUUAGAUUAAACUUUAAAUUAAUUAGAAUACUUAACAUCUUCAAACAUUAUUUAUGUUUUAACUUUUGGAAUUUUAUUAAUGAUAAUUACUAUUAUUGCUGAAUGCUAUAUUUUCUUCCAUUUCUUUAAUAAAUUUGAAUUAGCUAGAGAGAGUAUUAGAUAAAUUCCACUUGAGACUUUAUUUCAAAAAGGAAUACCAAAAAAAUUGAACAAUAUUAUGAUGAAAUAUAAUUGA